CCAUAUGGUAUGCAGGUUUUAUGUGUUGGAGGAGAAUACUUUGAUUUGAAUAUUGCAUGCAUAGGUGGUAGUACAAUGAUUACUCCCACAAAUAGGAAUUAAUGGCAAUAAUUAUAAUAAUAAUCUUAGGAUUUGUUUAAAGCUUAUCAUCUCCUCUUUCAUGUGAUUCAAAGAUUCCUCCUCCAUGGAUAAUAUAAAAUGGAAGGAGAGAUGACAGAUGCGCAUGCUUAGCCAUGUACAGGCGUUGUUGCAAGCACUUGGCGAUAGAAAGGGAAUCAAUCGGUUUGGUGACUUCUCAGCUCCCCUGGAUGAAUCGCUGAUUCAUGUUGCAUUGGAUUUAUCUGGAAGGCCGCAUUUAAGUUAUGAUUUACAAAUACCUACUCAGAGAGUGGGAACAUAUGACACUCAGCUGGUGGAACACUUCUUCCAGUCGAUGGUCAACACUUCUGGAAUGACGCUUCAUAUACGACAGCAGCUUGCCGGGAAAAAUUCUCAUCACAUUAUUGAGGCAACCUUCAAGGCGUUUGCACGAGCCCUUAGACAAGCAACUGAGUAUGACUUGCGUCGUCGUGGAAGUAUACCAAGCUCAAAGGGGGUUCUUUCACGUGUCUGAAGUAUCGAAAUUUGACAAAAUGAGGGUGUUACAGUCGGAGACUUAAAUUGAAGUUCCGCAAACAGACUAUGAUUCUCUUGCUGAUGUAUGAACACACUCCAUUUCUAUGAUUUCAACAUUUUUUAUCAGAACUUGUGAGCCCUGUAGAAGUUGUAAGGAUUAACAUUGUAUAAAAGUGUUUUCUAGUUUUCUCAAUAAAGCAAUAGGUACUUUGAAUAAUCUUCCAUUGCCUGUGGAUUUGAGUUUGAUAAAGAUGCAGUUUACUAUCUUGGAAUUGGAGCAAA